UGCGCUAGUCAUUCAUGCACUAGCAAAUCAACGUUUCUCAAAAUCAUGGGAGGUUCAGGUAAUCCUGCCCUGAUCAGCUGUUGUCUGCUCUUCGUCUGCCUCUGUCUGACCAAGCAGUUCUCUCUGUACGUCGAUGCCCUCAACGUUGACCUGGAUGUCGAUUGUGUCCCGGACAUCAGUGACAUGGUAGACUAUGAUCCAGUGACUCAGACGAGCGCUCGAUGCGAGAAGAUGAAGCGUGAGAAGCAGAAAGCUAAAGACCAGUGCCAGGCUAAUUUAGCAGAUGCACAGCACAAUCUUGAAGCCUGUUUGACAGCCAGCGAUUUCAAGCCAUGUGUAUGCCCCCCGCCUGUCGAGUGUGAAGAUGAUGUCAAAGCUAUGCCUUGUCGUGAUGCUGACGAUAUGUUCUUUCGUCGUCUUGUACGUCACUUAGUCAAUGUCAUCCAGAAAAAAGCCCCAGAGAGCGGCCAAGUUGAAGCCCAGAUGGAGAUCCACCUCACCAGUCACGAUUGGAAGAAACUCCAGAGCUUCGCUGAUGGUAAGGACGAUUACCGACGGGCCGACAUCCACGAUGUCAUGGUCGGCAUGACGAUGAACAUCUUCUAUUUUAACCAGACCAGCAUCAUGGAGUGGCUCGGCGAACAGGUCAAUCUGAAGUCGCCUGCAGCUAUUCUGCUUACGGUUUCCAUCACAGUCUCAUGCCUUGUGUUUGGUGUCGGCAUGUACUCAGACCUAUACUGGAAUCGACGCUUCAUGGCCUGUCUCCUGACCUCCAUCUUCGUCAUCAGUGUCAUAUGGAAUUGGAUUUAUCUCUAUCAGGAAGAAACCAUCAAGCGUUACCGCAAUGCUCAGAAGUACGAAAAGAUCCCAGCCAACUGCAUGCCACACAAGAUGACCUGGGUGCAGGCCCUGCAGGAAUGGUUUAGUUCCAUGACAUCCAUCCGCAAGGAUGAGUGCUUUGAGUACCACAGGAUCUACCAAGUGGAUCCCCUCUUCGAUAUCCCUCCAACCAGGGCCCUAUCCGUCACGGUUUCUUCAUUGUUUGUCGACAACUUCAAAUACUUUGGUCGAGCCGUCAGCGAAUUCCAUGCGGAGAUCUUCAGAGACCUUCCAAUCUGGGCUGCACUUCCUGCUCUUGUGUCUUGUUAUGUCUUUGGAUUCUUUGCUCUCUAUGCAUACAUCGCUGCACCCAGGAGGGUCCUGAAAGAGCGGCCCGUCCUGCAGCAGGUCCGCAGAGGACCACCUGCACUGGGAGCUGCCAGGGAACAUAACUUACCGAUUGCUGAGCACAUUGGAGAGGAGGACCCUCAUCCUGGAGAUGGUUACAGAGAAGGAGACAGAAUCGAAAACAUCCUUCCACCAACUCUACCUGUAGCUAGAGAAGAGAAAAAGAAACCUUCCAAGCAGCGGGGUUCUCCCAAAAAGCCACCCCCUGGGAACCAACACCGACCCCGAGGAGCGGUAGGGGGUCGCACCCAUGAUCAGAGGGGUGUUGAUAGGGAUGAGGAUGAAGAAGGCCAAGAACUUUUCCCGGGUGUCAAGGAAGUGGAUGACGACUCAGUACAGCCAUUGGAGAGGGACCACGAAGCAGGACAAAGUGGCUUGGGUCCUGCAGUUAGACCAAAGACCAGACCUCCCGGACAAACCUUCCAGCGACCUGCACAUGGGAAUGAUGCCGAUACAAGCAGCUCAGACUCGAUAGAAACGGUCCAAUCAAAACCUAGGCCAAGAGACUUUGGUGAUAGUAGACCCUCCAGACAGAAGACUCCAGUAGAUAGGACCACGUCCAUUGGCGACAGCGAUUCCGGUGCUCUGGUCAGCCAUCCUUAUUCAGAGAAAUCAGAUGGGGAGUCCCUGAUGGGUUCUGUGAGUGGUUCGACCUUUCCAGACCAGGUGGCAAGUGUCUCCUUCUCAAGGGAUACCUCUGCAGGAGACCAGGCUUAUGCUGCUGAUGAGGAAACCACCGCAUCAUCCAAUAUACCCACUGGAUACACCACACCAUCCUCCAUAGGUAGUCCAGAUGACAUCUCGGUCAUCAGUCAGUCGCCAGAAAACACCAACAGUGCCACCUACGACUUCAUCUCCACCAGCAGCUUUGGUUUAAGCGGUGAGCAGCCUCCAGGGCUAGCACCAGAGGAAGUCAGGGCUGAACAGGUGGAAGAGGAUUUUGAAGAUGAUUUUGUGGUGCUACAGACUGAGAAGUAAUGUGCAUCCCCCUAGUACAAAUCUUGUAAUUAAACUUACAGGAGAAAUCUACCCAGACAACAUGUUGGUUCUAAUAAAAGCAUAACAAUAAGAGACUCAUAUCAGUGAAAAGGAAAUUUGUUAAAAGGUUAAGAGAGUUUUUUUUGAUUUGUGAUGAAUCAAGAUAAAGUGGCAAGGCAAUGGUUGGCAGUUAGAGUCCGGCCGUGACACUAACGUCCUUCAGCAGGACUGGGCUAAUAAUAUGAUACUUUGUAUUAAGUGCAGUAGAGUAUAUUCAUGUAGUAGCUGCACGAUAUAAAGAGACCUAUUAUUAUUGUUAUUAUUAUUAUUAUUAUUAUCAUAAAUCACCUGUUAGUCGGAGGAGUGUGUACAUGAACAUGGAACAUGGAAAAAAAAUACUGUUCUGUGUAUUACAUGAUCUGAGACUUGUGCAUGAGGCAAGCUGCAAUGAUGUCGUUCAGAGAAAAAUGUAGAUGUACAUUUAGAAAGGAGCUCCGGUUCUGGUGAUGGAAAAACUUUGUCAAAUGUAAUCUUC